ACAAAAAACGUUUUCUACAAAAAUGUGCCAUUUUGCAACAAGGUGGCAACCAUGCGAUUGAAUUUUACGACUUUCACAAUAAUUCGGCAAAGUUUCAAGAUUUCAGGCGACCUGCCAGCAGCAUCAUCAUUAUUUGUUCUACGUGAACGUCACUAUUUCCAGUAUACCCAGCAAGAGCUCUUUGAGGACGCAGCCCGUCGGUACGUGCAACGUGCGCAGCGAAGCAUCUUGCGAUUCCUACGAGAUCCCCAUUCAAAAAUAAUGUCGGAUACGGAUCCUUCUUCAUUCCGACGGCAGCAGCCCGAGCAUGGUUUUGCCUCGCACAGACAACAGGCGAAUCCCGAUUCCAAUUGUCGCACUUGCAAUGACUUCAAGUCAUGGUCAAAGCAGCAGCGCAUAAUGUCAAAUGUGCAGAGCUCAAAGGACAAGCACACGACAGCGACAGAGAAGUUGACUGUAAACGCGGCAGAGCUGCCUCGAGAUGAUUGCCCGUUGGACAAAGUCAGCCUGGGCAUCUCCACCUGGGGACUGCUUCACACGAUGGCCGCCUUCUACUCAGAGAAUCCGACUGACAACGAGAAGCGUGACAUGAAAUCCUUCUUUGAAGUACUCUCCCGCCUCUAUCCGUGCGAGUUCUGUGCAAAGGAUUUCCGCACUGAUCUUGCCGUGAACCCAAUCAAUGUGAACUCUCAAAAGGAGCUGUCUUCGUGGCUGUGCAUGUUCCACAAUCGAGUAAAUGACAAGCUCGGGAAGCCCCUCUUCGAUUGCAACAAGGUGAACGAGCGAUGGCGGGAUGGCUGGCUAGAUGGUUCCUGUGAUUAGAUGGAUCCAAUCAUGGGACUUCCUACACCUCAUAAGAGCCGUGACGGAUUUCCAGGCCGUCGUUCCACCCACUCCCUCCUCCCCCACGCAACCAUGUUGAGAAGACUUAACUCGCAUUUUGCUCAACAUGCACACGGUCGCCGCCCCCCCCCAACAUCCAACAUCUAGUCAGUGCUCAGGCAGUACUUCCUCCACUGGCGUGCCAAAUUCCCGCUGAGCCUCUUUGCUAAUAUUUCCUUCUCCCCACGCAAAUGUUUCAGCAAUUAUUGGUGAAUGAGUUAAGAUGUUAAAUUAUAUGUAUCAAACCAACCCAA